AUGGCCGGCUGCUGCCUCUCCGCCGAGGAGAAGGAGUCGCAGCGCAUCAGCGCGGAGAUCGAGCGGCAGCUGCGCCGGGACAAGCGGGACGCGCGCCGGGAGCUGAAGCUGCUGCUGCUGGGCACAGGAGAAAGUGGCAAGAGUACAUUCAUUAAACAAAUGAGGAUUAUUCAUGGAUCAGGUUACACAGAAGAAGACAGAAAAGGCUUCACAAAACUGGUUUACCAAAACAUAUUUACUGCCAUGCAAGUGAUGAUCAGAGCCAUGGAUACUCUCAAGAUACAGUACACAUCCAAAGAGAAUGAGGAGAGUGCUCAGAUGAUCAAAGAAGUGGAAGUGGACAAAAUGACAGUGCUGGAAAGAAAACAAGUGGAAGCAAUCAAGAAGCUCUGGGAAGACCCAGGAAUUCAAGAAUGCUAUGACAGACGGAGGGAGUACCAGCUCUCAGACUCUGCUAAGUAUUAUCUUACUGACCUUGAUCGUAUUGCUAUGCCCUCUUUUGUGCCAACUCAGCAAGAUAUUCUUAGAGUCCGAGUGCCAACUACAGGAAUUAUCGAGUAUCCUUUUGAUUUAGAAAAUAUUAUAUUUAGGAUGGUGGAUGUAGGUGGCCAAAGGUCAGAAAGAAGGAAGUGGAUCCAUUGUUUUGAAAGUGUUACUUCCAUCAUUUUCUUAGUUGCAUUAAGUGAAUAUGAUCAAGUCUUGGCAGAAUGUGACAAAGAGAAUCGAAUGGAAGAAAGCAAGGCCUUAUUUAAAACUAUCAUUACAUAUCCCUGGUUUCUGAAUUCUUCAGUCAUUUUGUUUUUAAAUAAAAAAGAUCUUCUAGAAGAGAAAAUCAUGUAUUCCCAUCUAAUUAGUUACUUUCCAGAAUACACAGGACCUAAACAAGAUGUCAAAGCUGCCAGAGACUUCAUUCUGAAGCUGUAUCAGGAUCAGAAUCCAGACAAGGAGAAAGUAAUCUAUUCCCACUUCACUUGUGCCACAGACACAGAAAAUAUUCGUUUCGUCUUCGCUGCUGUCAAGGACACGAUCCUGCAAUUAAACCUGAGGGAGUUCAACCUGGUUUAA